AUGAGUAUCCUCACCGGCAUUCAUGGUGGUCCUCAUCAUCAUCAUGAGCAUCCUCACCGGCAUUCAUCUUGGUCCACAUCAUCAGCAUUCGUCUUGGUCCUCAGCAUUAUCAUCAUCAGCAUCCUCACCGGCAUUCGUCUUGGUACUAACAUUCAUAUUGGUCCUCAUUCAUCUAGGUCCUCAUCAUCAUCAGCAUCCUCACCGGCAUUCUUUUUGGUCCUCAGCAUUAUCAUCAUCAAUAACAUUCAUCUUGGUCCUCAUCAUCACCAUCAGCAUUCAUCUUGCCCCUCAGCAUCAUCAGCAUCAGCAUCCAUUCAUCUUGGUCCUCAUUCAUCACCAGCUUUCAUCAGCAUCAUCAUCAUCAUUCAUCUUGGUCCUCAUCAUCAGCAUUCAUCUUGCCCCUCAUCAUCUUCAUCAUUCGUCUUGGUCCUCAGCAUUAUCAUCAUCAUCAGCAUACAUAUUGGUCCUCAGCAUUAUCAUCAUGAGCAUCCUCACCGGAAUUCUUCUUGGUCCUCAGCAUUAUCAUCAUCAUUAGCAUUCAUCUUGGUCCUCAUCAUCAUCACCAUUCAUUUCAUCACCAGCAUCACCAUCACCAUUCAUCUUGGUCAUCAUCAUCAUCAGCAUCCUCACCGGCAUUCAUCUUGGUCCUCAGCAUUAUCAUCCUCAUCAGCAUUCAUCUUGGUCCUCAUCAUCACCAUCACCAUUCAUCAUCAUCAUGAAGAUAAUUAA